UGAGCAUCUGGGGCUGAUAAUUACCUUAGGUCAAGUUACGUAAGUCAUACCAUACAUAGUAGUACUAGUAACUACAUAGGACAGUAUUAGGAAUUUUAGGACUAAUAAGUAUACUGCUAUGUAGUAUGUACUACAGAGUAAUUCUCAAAACUUGCCCGAAUAUCGCUGACGUAGGUCGCCAUUCUCCAAUCAAGGGCCCGCACCAUAACCCCGCAAAAGCUAUCUACCCAGAAGUUAGUUGGUUGAUAGACCGAUAAGCUCGACAUAACUAGUAGUACAUACAUACAUAGUAGUCGUUGCUUCUCUUGUUUAAUAUUCUCUCUUCAUUGUUUCCCCAGAAUUCCCAGAAUUCCCAGAACUUUGUCUCUCUUCCCUUAUAUUUCCUCCUUUCAUUCAAAUAUUCUUACCUUCUUCCUCCCAAAGUUGAAAAAAAAAACAGUACACAAAUUCAGGGAUCAAGAGACAACAAAGAUGGCUGCCCUUCGUCAUGGGGCCAUUCUGCGGCCACUCGCUGCUGCUUCGAGGUCGAUAUCUCGAAUUCAAACUCGUGCCUUUACCAAGGUCUAUGGUGCUGCUGAGCCUAAUGCAGAGCCAGAACGCCCGAUAUUGAAGACAGAGAUACCCGGCCCUUUAACCCAGACGUUCAUCGAUAAGUUGGACAAAGUUUUCGAUACCCGAAGCUUGAACAUGCUAGCAGACUACACUAAGAGUACUGGCAACUACAUCGUUGACCCGGAUGGCAAUGCUUUAUUGGAUGUCUAUGCUCAAAUCGCUUCCAUACCUGUUGGGUAUAACAAUCCACAUUUAGCGAGAAUUGCCAAGGGCGCCGAUAUGUGCAAUGCUUUGAUCAAUCGGCCCGCCUUGGGCAACUUCCCCUCCCACGACUGGGCUCAUAUCUUGGAGACCGGUAUCCUUAAGGUAGCACCCAAGGGACUAGACCAGGUCUUCACCGGUAUGGCCGGAUCCGACGCAAACGAGACGGCAUUUAAAGCUGCCUUCAUGUGGCGCCGACAACGCGAGCGUGGUGGUCCCGAUGUUGAGUUUACAGACGAGGAGAUGGAGUCCUCUAUGCUGAACCAGACACCCGGCGCCUCCGAUCUAUCCAUCUUGUCUUUCAAGUCUGCUUUCCACGGCCGUCUAUUCGGUACGCUGUCGACAACCCGAUCCAAGCCCAUACACAAGCUCGACAUACCUGCCUUUGACUGGCCGCAUGCCACCUUCCCUCAGCUCAAGUACCCGCUUGAAGAGCAUGUGGAGGAGAAUGCCCAGGCCGAGGCCGACUCCCUCGCAGAAGUUGAGCACCUCAUCCAGAAUUACCACAUACCGCCAGCUGCCGUUAUUGUUGAGCCUAUCCAGUCCGAGGGCGGCGACAACCAUGCCUCGCCUGCCUUCUUCCGGGGUCUGCGGGCAUUAACCAAGAAACACGGCGUCCUGCUCAUUGUAGACGAGGUCCAGACGGGUGUCGGCGCCACCGGCAAAUUCUGGGCGCACGAGCACUGGGACCUGCCCGAUCCCCCGGACAUGGUCACCUUUAGCAAGAAGGCUCAGACCGCAGGUUACUAUUUUGGCGACCAUUCUCUACGCCCCAACAAGCCAUACCGCCAGUUCAACACGUGGAUGGGCGACCCAGCACGCGCUUUACUCUUCCGUGGUAUAAUUCAAGUGAUUGAGGAUCGCGAUCUCGUGACCAGUACAGCGAGAACUGGUGAUUACCUGUACUCCAAGCUCGAGGCCCUCGCACAGAAGUACCCCGGUCAGUUCAAUAACCUGCGUGGCAAGGGCCAGGGCACCUUCAUCGCCUUCGAUAACCCCGAUCGCGACGGCUUCCUUAAGAAGGCUAAGAAGUUCGGCAUCAACAUCGGUGGAAGCGGCGCCACCGCCGUUCGACUGCGCCCCAUGCUUAUAUUUGAAGAGAAGCACGCCGACAUCUUAGUUGAGGCUCUAGAGAAGAUCGUUUCGAGCUAAAGAUCAUAGCUGGACAUGGCACCGCGCAAAUCGGGAAAGUAAAUAGUAGGAUUGUUGCUGGGCUGUUUAGUUAUGGGAUACGAAUUUAUGAAAAAAAAAAAUACUAUCUGAAGGGAUAACCUGCCUACUUCGGUAUCUAGGUAACUACCCAGUAGGCACCUGUAUCUCAGUGUAAGUUUUGUUAUUUGGAAGGUUGAACGAGGUAGAGAGAUAGGGAGAGAUAUGGAGAGAAUCCUGGGCCGUAUGCUUUUAUAGCUUUUUAUCGGUUUAAAUACCUAACCUACAUAUCUAGGUAGACUAGUGACGGGCCAUCACCACCACCUACGGAAAGGAGGUUCCGAUAAGAAUCGCAUUCAACGUUUUGAUCUACAAAGUUAGGAUACUACCUACCUAUCCUAUAUAUAUAUAUACCUCCCGGGCUUGCCCAACAUUGAGUUUAUCCGGUACCUACCAAGGUACCUACCUAGUG